CGCGAGAUGCCUGCCGGCCCUAAAUGGUGCUGGCUACUUUCGGAAAGCAUCGCCACUGCAUGGCAACCUUCUUUACGAUCCACUUUCCGCAAAAUGCCACGCACACUGAAAGCGCAGCCAGCCGUGGCACUGCAGCUUGGAGGUACAACCCAUCCAGCUGUGUGUCGGGCCGCCAUGCGGGCCGCUGCGCGUCAUGCCACGGACUGGCAGAUCAACCUAUUGGGCUUCAAGAGACCGCUGCGGAUGUUCCGUCACGCGGCUCACAUGGAGCAGCUAGAUCCUCUCCAAAUGAUCGAGUGCAGAUGAUCGCCAGCUUGGCUCCGCGAGUCUGCCGCCACACAUGGUCGGGUAGCG